CAGCCCAGCUGGCUGAUGGUCGGGAGUGUUUUCAUACGGAGCUGUGCAAGGCAAAGGAACUCUCCUCUUCGUUUCGGGCAAAAUUAAUGUCACAAUACUAGUGUUGUUGGCAUGAUUGGGUUCGAGACCAGUGCCUAUGGCGGAGCGCGGUGAGGGGACCGCAGGGGGGUCACACUCACAAGCCACCACCAGUGGGGCCCACACUGCGGCAACCAGGAAUAGAAAUCAGCUGGUUGGGUCAGUAGUGGAGGGGUUGGAGGCUUUCGGGAGUCCCCUACCCCUACGCAAGCGCAAGAUUGGUAUCACCGAGGUGGUGCACACAAAGAGGAGAAGCAGCGACGGUCCACAGGAACCCUCGGGAGGAUUUAGUAGCAUUACGUCCAACACAGCAGGUGCAGGUGGCACCGCGAGCAAGAGGCAGAGAUACACCAGCAACAGUAGCAACAGUGACGCACGUUACGCAGAUAGUGGCGAUUGUGGCGAUUGUGGCUUGGAGAGCCCGGCAAGCAAGCGUCAGCGCCGGAGCAGUCACGUAGAGAGCCGGAGCAAUUCAGCUGCCAGCCUGGCCGCCAACGCACCCAGCACAACCACUCGGAACCAGGCAGCAUUGGUGGACACAGAAAAGUCGCCUGGGGGUGGUGGAAUACUAAAAUCAUAUCCUCUGCGGAACCGACUGCGUCUGAGCGACGGUGGUGGAGGAGGAGGUGGAGGUAGCGGUGGAAGUAACCCGCUCACUGCUGGGCGGCUGGAGCAGCAGGGUCAGUCACAGUCUUUGCCGUCAUCACCAUCGUCCCAAGGUGUUGCCUUCUUGGCCGACACCUUCAGGAGGCUGAGAGAGUCACGACGAUCGUCACAGGAACAAUCUGCGACCAGUAAACGAAACGCGACGCAGACUAAAGAUUCUAGACAGUCAGGAGGAACUUGGAAGAGAACGCACGGAACGAAAAAAUCGCCCCUUUCUUCUAAACGUAGCAGUCGCAGUAAAACCAACAACACGGGGUCGUGUGCUAGUAGCAGCCAGCACUCGUCGAGAGGGUGCGGGAAGGUGAGCUUUGGCAGCAGUGGCUCAGGCAUGUCUGGGUCACAUGGUGGCCAUGAGGGUUCGUCCACAUCAUCAUCAGGCCCCCCACAGUCCUCGCCCCAUGGUGCUUGCUCCACCACAGGUACUCCAGGAACCUCCAGCUUAACUGGAGUACCACCAGCCACCACCACAGCCUCUGCUGCUCUUCAUGCAGCACCUUCCACCUCCACCACCUCUGGCCUGCUACCUACAGCGUCUCUGGCUACGCUAGGAGCCAUAGGUGGUGGAAGUAGCAGUGGAGCAAGUGGUGGAGGCCUAGCUGGCAGCAUUGGAGGACUCAUGGGUGCACCUACAGAUAGUGAAAGUGAGGAAAAUGAGAUGGGACGGUUAGAAACUCUGUUGGCAUCGCGUGGUCUUCCUCCUAGCCUGUUUGGGGCAUUAGGACCUCGCAUGCAACACAUUUUACAUCGCUCAGUUUCUUCUUCCAUUAAUUCCAAAGCCCAGCAGCUCCUUGUAGGCCUGCAGGCAAAUGGAGAGGAAAGUGAGCAGCUUCAAGCAGUGAUAGAGAUGUGUCAGCUGCUAGUAAUGGGCAAUGAAGACACACUGGCAGGCUUCCCCACCAAGCAAGUAACUCCAGCACUAAUUAACUUGCUUAACAUGGAGCACAAUUUUGAUAUGAUGAAUCAUGCUUGUAGAGCCUUAACCUACAUGAUGGAGGCUCUGCCCAGGUCUUCAGCCGUUGUGGUGGAUGCUGUACCUGUGUUCCUAGAGAAGCUGCAGGUCAUCCAGUGUAUGGAUGUUGCCGAACAGUCGCUCACUGCCCUUGACAUGCUCUCCCGCAAGCACUCCAAGGCAAUAUUGCAGGCUCAUGGGGUGUCUGCCUGCCUAACGUACAUAGACUUCUUUUCCACUGGAGCUCAACGUGCGGCUCUGAGUAUCACGGCCAACUGUUGCCAGAACCUCACAGCUGAUGAGUUCCACUUCAUCGCAGAGUCUCUUCAACUCCUGUCUACAAGACUCACUUCACAGGGAGACAAGAAAUGUGUGGAGAGCGUGUGCUUGGCCUAUAGUCGACUGGUAGAUUGUUUCCAAAAUGACCCGAACCGCCUUCAAGAAAUAGCUGGCCCUGGCCUUCUUUCCAACAUUCAACAACUACUAGUCAUGUCCCCACCCGUGUUAAACAGUGGAACAUUCAUCAUGGUCAUACGAAUGUUGUCCCUUAUGUGCAACAACUGUCCUGAACUGGCUGUGCAACUUCUCAAAAACAAUAUUGCACAUACAUUGUGUUACCUCCUCACCAACUCAACAGAACCUCCUGGGGAACAAGUAGAAUUAGUAUCUCGUAGCCCUCAAGAGUUGUACGAGAUCACAUGUUUAAUUGGAGAGUUGAUGCCUAUGCUUCCUUCUGAUGGCAUCUUUGCAAUUGAUGGGGCCUUGCAGCGACCUUCAGGUUGUGCUCAGGAUACGGUUAUGUGGCAAUGGCAAGAUGAGAGAAAUACCUGGCAGAAUUACUCUACAAGUGACUCCAGAAUAAUUGAGCAUUCUCACCAGUCAGGGGAGGAUGAAAUAAGCCUAUGUAUUCAAGGCCGUGCCUACACCAUAGAUUUUCACUCGAUGCAGCAAAUCAACGACAACUCUGGCAACAUGCGGCCUGUUCAGAGGCGCAUGGUGCCUGUAGGCUUAGGCGGAACUGUGCUUACGGCAACUCAGGCUACAGAUGCUAGAGCAAAGUGCCUGCGUGAAGACUCGGAGUUGGCAUCCAAUCUCAUCCGCUCUUUGUUUAGUUUGUUGUAUGAAGUGUACAGCUCUUCUGCGGGACCAGCUGUGCGAUACAAAUGUUUACGCGCACUGUUGAGGAUGGUGCAAUUUUCCAGUCCUGAUCUUCUGCAGCAAGUGUUGAAGAGUCAGAGUGUUUCAUCUCACUUGGCCACUAUGUUAUCAUCCCAGGAUUUAAAAAUAAUUGUUGGAGCCAUUCAAAUGGCAGAGAUCCUCAUGUUAAAGCUGCCAGAGAUAUUUGCAAUAUACUUUCGCCGUGAAGGAGUUAUGUAUCAAAUAAAGCGGUUAUGUAAUCCGAAUGCCACCCUGGGAGCGCCGACUGCUAAAUGGAGCAGCCCCGAGCUAUCCUUAGGCUCUGGUCGGGGUGGGACUCCAAACUCUGCAAGCCCACUGCUGACAGGCCGUCCAUUUAAUGGUAACUGCUUGGACUCGACUCCAUCUCUCCCUACACCUCCUAGCCAGGACGAUGAUAAACUACAGAGCCCAUCACAACUGAGACUCUAUGAUGUGCUCAAGCGCAAGCGUACUGCCCGCAUGCGUAGUGGGAAUUCGAGAAAAAAUAGGCAAGAAGAUUCCUCACCAUCAUCAUCAUUCAGUGAAUUCUUCAUGAAGAAUGCAGGCUUGGGGGGAGGUCGAGACACCUGGAAAGUGGCUAGUCGUAACAACAGCAGUAAUUCCACAACUAGUGGGGGUAGCAGUAAGUCGUCCUUCCUGGCCAACUUCAACCCCACACGCUGGGGAAGAUGCAACCCUGCCACUUCCACUCCCUCUCAUGAAUCGCCUGCUGGAAAGGGUUUCUUUAUAUUGGAAUAUCAACAGGACAAAUUAGUUAGUAACAAUGUUAGCAGUGGAAGCAGCAGCAAUAAUAAGGAAGUGGUGCGAGUGUGGGUGAGGGAGCAGGCAGAGCGACUCAAUCAGCAGUUCUUCUCAAAUGAAUUAACUGUACAAGGAGCUUAUCAUCCUGCCCUUAGUGUAUUAAAUAGACUUAUGACAGCUCUUCGGCAAUUGGAAAAAGAGUUACAGCCUAACUGUGCAGUUGAGGCCUUAAGGGAAAUCAGCAGGAUUGUUAGCGAGAGUGAUAUCAGUCCAUUUGAAGUGAUCCACUCUGGGUUGGUUCGUAGUCUAUUGACCUACCUCACUGCCACGGAGAAUUCAACUCUGACUCUGUCCUUCACCCACGAUGGAGCCAUAUUGACCAGCAUGGGUGGGCUGGGUAGUAGCUCAGAGAAUGGAAGCCUCACGGCACCCGUCAACAUAAGCACACCACGGGAAACCAGACUCAGGAAUUUCCUUCAUGUCUUCCUUGGAUGCACAUUGAAUCCACUAAGCCUAGGCACUGUGGACACCAGUCACAUUGCAUUGUUCAGUGCUCUGGUGACAAAGCUCAAUGGCUGCGUCAAUCAACUGGAGCAGUUUCCAGUUAAGGUCCACGACUUACCGGGUACUGCUCUUUCGGGUUUGGGUAGAGGAGGGUCGACAUCGGCCAUCAAAUUCUUCAACACACACCAGCUUAAGUGCAACUUACAACGUCACCCAGACUGCACAAGAUUAAGACAGUGGCGUGGAGGACCAGUCAAGGUUGAUCCCUUGGCUCUGGUGCAAGCCAUUGAGCGUUACUUGGUCAUCAGAGGUUACGGUCGACUCAGGGAUGAAGAUGACGACAACUCCGAUGAUGACAACUCGGACGAAGACAUCGACGAUACUUUGGCUGCUGUGUCAGUUAACCAGAGUUCUUCAAGUCACAAGCUACAGUUUGUCAUCAAUGAACAUGUCUUGCCAUACAACAUGACUGUCUACCAGGCAAUUAGACAGUUCUCAUCACCCUCCGAUGCCAGUGCCUCAGAAGCAGACACUGAUACGGAGACUCCAGUUUCUCACUCUGCCAUCUGGCUACAAACUCACACUAUAUACUAUAGACCCGUUCAAGAAGAGGAACAAAGUCGGAGUUCAGGAGGAAGAAAGGGGAAGGCUGGAGGAUCCAAAACCAGCCCAAAGAAGAAAGCUGACACCCAUGUUGGAGAUGGAAGCAUUGUGGGAGGAAAUAAUAGUGUUCUAGACCAGUACCUGACUUUUAAUCUUCCGGCUAGUGUGACUGUCUUUGAUCCAAGUAUUGAAGUGUUGGCUCUACUGCGUGUCCUUCAUGCCCUGAACAGACAUUACGGCUCCCUCUACCCCCCAGCCUGCUACCCGUCCCCUCUACCCACUGCUGAAUUCACAAAUCUCAAAUUAACAGCUAAAGCAAAUAGACAGUUGCAAGAUCCCUUGGUUAUAAUGACAGGAAAUGUUCCACCGUGGUUGCCUCAAAUUGCUUAUGUUUGUCCGUUCCUGUUUCCAUUCGAGACCCGCCAGCUGCUCUUCUAUGCAGUUUCUUUCGACCGUGACCGAGCCUUACAACGACUCAUGGACUCGUCUCCUGAGCUUAAUUCUGUUGACAGUAGUGAAAGAGUUACCCCAAGACUUGAAAAACGCAAGAGAACUGUGUCUCGUGAUGAUAUUCUCAAACAGGCCGAGUCUGUGAUAAGUGAUUUAGCUUCCUCAAGAGCCAUGUUAGAAAUUCAGUACGAUAAUGAGGUGGGGACAGGUUUAGGGCCAACCUUAGAGUUUUAUGCUCUUGUUUCUAAAGAGCUCCAGAAGGCAGACUUAGAGUUGUGGCGUGGUGAAACUGUUACUGUGGAAGAGAGAACUGAAGAUAAUCCUGGAAAAGCGGUGAAGUAUGUUAAUGCCAGCAAUGGCUUGUAUCCGUUGCCUGUACCCAGAAAUAUGAAAUCUGCACACAUGACUAAAUUAAGAACAAAAUUUAGAUUCCUUGGAAAGUUCAUGGCAAAAGCUGUCAUGGAUUCAAGAAUGCUGGAUUUGGGCCUUCAUGAGUGUGUAUACAAAUGGCUGUUGAGUGAGGAAUGGUCCCUGGGUCUAGGUGAUGUAACUUCACUUGACCCCACACUGGGACACACACUAGAUCGCCUUCACUCCACUGUGUUACAAAAGAGGCGGGUCGUGGUACAGGCUGAGCAGGAAGGAAUCUCGGGGGCAGAGCUUCAGGGUCGACUGGAUGCUCUGACAGUAGACGGCUGCAGUGUGGAGGAUCUAGCACUGACCUUUACAUUGCCCGGCUAUCCUAACAUAGAGUUUAGAAAGGGGGGCUCAGAUAUAUCUGUUACUAUCAACAACCUUGAUCAGUAUCUGCAGCUGGUGAUAGAAUGGUUAGUGCGGGAAGGAGUGAGAAGACAAAUGGAAGCCCUCCGGGAAGGAUUUGAAUGCGUGUUUCCGUUGACACAACUCCACGUCUUCUACCCGGAGGAGUUGGAACAACUGUUCUGUGGCUCCUCAGAUGUAUCACAGUGGGACAUGAAGCAGCUUGCCGAGUGUUGCCGUCCCGAUCACGGCUAUACGCACAAUUCUCGAGCAGUCAAGUUCCUGUUGCAAAUAUUGUCUGAAUAUACACCUGCUCAUCAGAGAUCUUUCUUGCAAUUUGUUACAGGUUCACCCAGGCUUCCUGUUGGAGGUUUUAGAAGCCUAACCCCAGCACUCACUAUUGUGAGAAAGACGUUUGAGGCUGGAGAGAAUCCUGACGACUUCUUACCCUCUGUGAUGACUUGCGUUAACUACCUGAAACUACCAGACUACUCCAGUAUUGAUAUUAUGCGUGCCAAAUUGGAGAUAGCAGCCAGAGAGGGUCAGCACAGCUUCCACCUCUCAUAGGAUGAACUCUGACAGACUAGCAAGCUGAUGCUCAACCCACCAAUUUUUGGGCUUCACAUUGUGAUAUCCUAUACAGUUUUGUUUUGGUGCAUUGUGUCCAACAUCAAAUGUGUUGUCAAGGUAAAGUGUGACAAGAGACAGUGAAGAAAAGUGGAACACUGUGUCGUAUUUUCUGCUCAUAAAACCUUAUUGCCAGAUGGCAAAGCAUUUAUUGAAAAGUCAUGGUAGUGAUGAUAAUUAUGAUUUGUGAUUUCUAUAUCAUUCCUGGGGAUGUAUUCUUACUUGUGCCUGGUGACAACUUGUCAAGAGUUCUCCACCUUCUCAUGGCCCUCACCUCAACAGUACAGCCUAAUUUAUUAUGUAUUUGUAGCUGCUCAGCUCUUACUGACUCGGGGGUAGCAAGACCCCUGCAGCUGGUUAAGUGUUUAGCAUCUCCAUACCUCAUGAAAAAUUAUUAGACUUUAGCAAAUUGAAUAAAUAUUUGGACAUCUUUCUACAUCAGUGCUUUAUUUUUAGCCUUGUAUUGUUUUUCAGACACAAUAGAUUUGGAAAAAUUCUCUAGUACCCAUUAAAAAUGAACUGUGAUAUCCCCAUUUUUCAGGUUUCCACAAGCAGCUUUGCUUACAUCCUCUGGUUUCAGUUGCCACCAUUUAAUGACUGAUGUUGGGCACACUGGAGAACUAGGAUCCCAGCAUUUUCAACUUAGACCACAAAUCAUUAAUUCCUUUGAGUUAUUCAGAUGAAGACAUAUUUUACUGAGCAUUAGAAUGUUACCCAUUACUUGAUCUCGUCAUUGUUUCCAUUUGGAGAAUGUUAAGUCUUUUGUUUGUUUCUUUAAUUGCCCGCCUUAUGGUAUACCAUACAAGUGUGGGUCAUUGUUAGAAUUUUGAGUUUAUGGUACUGUACAUAUAAUUUGCUCAUUGUAAAUGAGAACCCAGAACCCGAAGGCAAUUUAGUUUGGUUAGUGUACAAUAACUUGAACCAUCACAUUAUGUUGGGGGACCCUUCUCACUAACAUUGCUUAUGAAUAUCAGUCCUAGUCAUUUGAAAGAGCGUCACAAUGGUUAUAAUUGUAUUUUGUUUAGGUUUGUAGACAAUGGUUUAAUAAGGCCAAGAAUGCAUUUCUUCAGUUAAUGUAUAAAUUGAAGUUAAGACAAUUCACACAGACAAAAAUACAUUAUUUAUGGAACAUUUUGUUUUACCAUGCUCAAUUUUUUUUAUAUCAACUUCAGUUCAAUUUUUCUGGUAAAAACUGCAGGUCAGUGCAAAAGCAAGAAUGGGCAUUAUUAGUAGUGUUUAAAAAAGGAUCGGGUAUCUUUGCAAUGUAGUGUACUCCUCCUAAUGUCGUUACUGUAUCUUCAAAAUUGAUUUUGGUUUCAAUUGAGGUAUAGUUUUAGUUUUGUCAGUAUUUCUAAAGGUACAGUUUAGAUGUUGGUGGGGCUACCAGAAUAUUAAACCAAAUAUAUUUAAGUAAAUAACUUUUUAUAAUAGUUGUUUGACCUUGACUGGUUCAGGAGGACACAAGUUUAACAUUCACAUGCCACAUGGAUUAGAACACAAGGAUAACUUAUGGCAGUUGGAAAGCAUAAAGCUAAGCAUUAUUGAAGGCUGAGCCUGGCUGUAGAGUGAAGACUGGUUAUGCAUUCAGCCAACAAACUAAACUGAAAAAAGUUUGUAUUUUUUUGGUUACAUAAUCACCGGUCAUUAUCUUUUUUCUCAUGUUUUUCUACCAUCUGCAGUAUUGAGUUCAUUUUCUUUUGCCUUUGGGUAUUAUUGUGUUAUUGAGACACCUGCUGGAUUGGCCUUAAACUGCUCUCAAAUUUUAUAUAUUUUUGUUAAAUGGAAUAUUUUUUAUUUAUUAUUGAUAGUAUUCUUUGGCAAUCAGUUUGACAGGUGUGGAGUCGUGAGUGUUUUCAGGUAUACAGGAAAUGUAUAAGUGUAAUGAGGAAUUGUCUUGGGCUUGUGUGACAGUCGUGCUUUCUUUGGUACAGAACAGGAAAUUGCCUUGAUACUAUUGAAAGCUAUUUGGUAGGUCAUGUCUCUACACCUGUCGUUCUGAGCUGGCCCAUAAAUUGAUGCUCCCGGCAUGUCCAUUGUAUGUAUUGUGAGUACAUGUCAUGUUUAUCAGUGCCUACCUUAAAUAUCAGAUUGAUGUAUAUUAUAAGUAUAUUCAGAAAUCACAUAACUGUAAUACACAGUACAUAAUAGUUUUUACAGAAUACAAAAUGUGAUAAUGUAAUCAGUACCCAAGAACAUGUCGCUAUGAAUGUGUAAGCUAAGUUUUUGUAUUUGCCUUGUGAACCUCAGUUGAUUAUUGGUAGUAACUUUUGUGAUAGUACUUUUUUUAGUCACUUUCUUUUUGUGUGUAAUUGAGUAUUAAAUUCAGCACAUAU